ACCAAAGCAUGGAAGGCUGUGGAGAGGAACAGGAGAAAGGUCUUGAAGUCCUGGCAGCUAUGCUUGAAGACAUUGGUAAUGUCAGAAAGAGCAGCUUGGUGUCUUCCCUCUCCGAGGAAGCCAGCACAUCUGAAGAUGAAGAGGAAGAGUCGGAGGAGCAAAGAGCCUGGGAACAGGACAGGAAGAAACUGAUGGAGUUAGAAGAGGCCUCCCAGGCCCUGCUGGCUGAGCUGUCUGUCCUGGAGGCUGAAUGCCAGGUCGAGAGGUCGUGCAGAGAACAGGCAGAGGUAUAUGCUGCUCAGGUGAGCCAAGAGAAUAAGGAGCUGAAGCGACUAAGUGUUCUCCUCCCCAGCCUGGACUCUGAGCCUCUGCACAUAAAGCCCCAGGAAGAAGGGCCCCCCUCAGAGCCCAGCCUGAGUCCGGAACAGCAACACAUCAGAGAUCUUGGGGCCCAAGUGGCCGAACUCCUUCAAGAGAAGAAGGAACUAACCCUGCAGGUGCAGGAGCUCAGGAGGCAGCUGAGGGAGCAGGAGGAAAAAAUCCAGAAGGAGCAGCUAGAGCGGACCUCCCUGCAGAUGUCCAUGGGGCAAUCUCAAAGAGCCUUGGCCAAACUGAAGCGGGUGUCCCACCUGGUGCUGCAGGAGUGUGGAGAGGCCUGGCAACAGCUUCACCUGGAGCAAGACCUGCGCCAGCAGGCCGAGAUCUUCGCCCACAAGAUGCUGGUAGAGAAGAAGGAGGCCCACCGACAGAGCGCCAUCCUCCUGCAGAACCACGGCCCCAGCACCCAGCUGUCCGCAGCCCUGGCGGAGGUGGCCACGCUGAGCAGAGCCCUGGAGGAGGCAAAGCGUCAGCACAGGGAGCAGGUGGUAUCCUGGGAAGCGUCCCAGGAGGAAGUGGGAUGCCUCAAGAAGCAAUUAAAGGAAUUAGAAGAGAAGAUCUCCCAGUUAGAGGCCUUGGUCUGUACCCUGGAAGAGAGGGUAAAGAGGGCUGAAACCCCAACCCAGGGACCAGAGGAUCUGCCUCCAGCUCCACCGCCACCGCCACCUCCACUGCCUCCAUCCCCUGCUCCUGCAGCAGACCCUCUUCAAGUCAUCCGGCUGAGGCGAGGCCUGAAUUCACAACCAGCCCUGGAAGCCCCCUCCCUGGAAGACAAGAAGGCAAAGGCGGUGCAGGAAAUGAUGGACAGGAUUCGUCAAGGAGUUGUCCUGAGACCGGCCACCAGACAGAAGGACCCCAGUCAGGACCUAAGCAAGCGUAGGAGUGCCGCCAUAACUGAGCUACAGACCAUGCUGGCUUCCAAAUGCCAGCCCCUGCACAGGGGCAGCAGAAGAAAGAGGAGCAGCCGGAAGGGUGCUGAUGGCCAGCUGAUGGCCAUCCUGCAGAGAAGGCGCCACGUGGUUGACUCCACUUCAGCAGGGCCCCAGGAUGGCACAGGGGAAGGGCACAAAGGCAUCCACAGGGCUGAGGCUCAAGGUGCCAAGAGCCAGGGCCUAUGUGAGGACUGGAGAUCUGGAAACAGAAUUGUUCAGGGAGGCAAGGCUGGGGCUGACCCGAGAUAUCUUCCUAGAGUAGGUAAAAUGACCCUUGUUUCUGAGUUACGAAGCCACCAGGGUACUGAACAUUACUUCAGCAAGGAGACACAGGAAUGCCCACCUGAACCAGCAGAGGCAGAUCGGGCUUCUGUUCCCCAAGCCAAGGUUAACUUGAGAACCCCAGCUCUGUCAAAGGCAUCUGUCCUCUGGGGCCAGCCAAAAGACCUUUGAGAAAACCAUGUUUCCCCCUUGCCUGACCAGAGAGUCCCAGGGAGCAGAAAGAGCAGGCCAUCAGGGAGUCCCUGACAACUUGCUGGGGGAGGUGGGAGGUGGUUAAGAGAGAUGAGGCGAGGACAUGUACCUCAAAGCCAGCGGCACUGAUAGCAGGCUAGACCACAAAGUUAAGGGCACUAGGCUCAGGCUGCAGCUGCCCCUCCCCUAGGAAGUCCAGAAGUCAAAGUUCCCCCUACCCCAAACACCCCAACCUGGACUGCCCGCUUCCCAGAAAAGACAGGGCAUCAGACAGAGCAAAGCCUUUGGAUUCAGAGGCAAUGGGGAGAAUGUUUCCCUCAAAGGCCUGGGAGAGAGGAUGCUGCACACCUCCAACCUCCCUUCUUCAUCCUGAGUUCCACCCAGGCCUUGUCACUGAAGUUAAUGCUAUAUUCUUUUCACUUUUUUGUUGUUUUUGUUUCUUCUUUCUUGUCUUUUUUUUUCUCUUGUUCUGGUUCUUCUCUCAC